AUGAGCAAGUCUUAGCAUCGGCGUACCUAACCGGUAGAGUUCGCUUCCGUUUGUUACUAGCAGACUAGCCGAGAUUUGUGAAAGCGUCACAUUGCUUUCUCUUGGUGGAGUGUGUCUCCUCAUAGUCGAUCUUUUAGCCCUAAACUUCCAGUAUAAAGUGAGACAUAUUGUCAAUCAGUCAAUCCGUAGAAAUGCGCUUGAAUUCCUCUUUCUUUCAUCAGCGGAUGUAGUUGAAAAUUUGAAGGAACUGAGCAAGCAAGAGAAGGGGCAAGUACAAGGUCUCUCUACUCGAUGUGGGAAGGCUUCCUUAAGCAUUACGGUGGCUUACACUGCAUAUGUUAUUCGUGAUCUUCGUUAAAGCUUACUUGGCCGAAAGUUUGCCCUCAAUGAAGUGGAUUUCUUAUGCCGCUUACACUCAGAGCGAGAACUUUACUCAAAUGGAAUAGCCACUUGGGGUCGACGUAUAGAGCUUCUUCGAGACRUAGAAAAGCUCUGGGUUGGCAUUUGUGGGGUUACGCUUACUUCUUAGCUUGUUUAAUAUUCUUCGAUAGAAUGGUACUGAGUUCUUGUUCUUUAAAUUGUCCCGACCUUCUGAUUUUUAGUCCUAAGAAGGAAGGAGCCAAAGACAAAUGUAAUCUAAAUGGGUGGAAAUCUACGAUACCUGAUUUGUGUGGCUGCUUGAAUCAGCAGAGAAGCCACGAAAAGCAAAAACAGUUGUUGGAGAGGCUACACUUAGACUUUUGUGAUACUCUACCUUUUCACGAGCAUUUGGCAUUUCUGGCGAAUGCAACUGAAGAUAAAUGUACAGAAAAAUUGUUAGGGAUUGUGAACGCCGACUGUGUGGCUUCGCAGUGGAACAGCAAAUUUGAAGGGAUUAUUGAGCGUAUUGAUUGCAACGUGGAAUACUCAGUUCGUUGGAAGUGUAAGGACUGUAAGGAGGCCUAUAAGGAAUGGAUAUGUACAAAUCUAGUUUUACCUAAAAUGAUAGGCGACAAAGAACCUUGCAAGCAAGCUGCAUGUAAAAGAGUAUUACAAAGGUGUCCAUAUUUCCUUCCAUUUUCAGAUAAUCAAUGGAGUGGACAAUCGGCAUUUGAGUGUGAUACUGAAAAGAAAGAUAGUUCACAAUGCGUGGAUGUUCCAGAAAUGAAAAACAAUGUGAAGUCCAAUUCUGGCAGCUAGCACUUGGAACUUGCAAACUUUAAAGAAAAAAAUUCUAAGGAUUCUACAUUAUCUCACAAGUCAAUACUCUCAUUGUUAUGUACAUAAAAUAUGAAAAAGUGUAGCCAUACAAAGAUCAUUCAAAGGUACAUGUAUAAUAUCAACAACAGUACUGACUUUAUGCAGAUUUUAACUCAAAUAUAUAAUUUUAUGUAUGGGGUAGAUUACGAAAAAAUUUCUGAUAUGUGCAAACUAUAUAUAAUAUACAACAGUCUGAUUACCAUAUCCUUCGCUUCUUUGAGGGGAUUACAUAUCUUUUAAUAAAGACCAAGUUAAUGUUCACUGUUAUAUAAAAGGCAUUGAUUGAAAAAGAGAUAUUCACACUUCCUUGCAUAAAAAAGCCUGUUCAUGUAAAUGUACUGGGGCAAGUCAAAACAGGGAAGUCAGCUUGAGCAAAAGUCUAUCACAACAAGAUCUUUUGUUACACUGGGCCUAUUAGGAGGCCUAAUAACGAUUUCUUAUCAAUGUGAAACAGUCAGUGUUGUCCUCUUUUUAAGAACAAGUUGCAAUGUUGGUUAAUUGUUUGGAUAAUAAUAAAAGUACUGGUUGGGUAUUAGUCUGUUGUUGGCCAACUCCCUAUUGAUGCUUAAUUUGGUAACACAUUUGUUAUUUUUAUAGUUUUAUUGUUUUGCAAGUGUAUUUAAUGCCUUUUAUGCUGUGUGAAAACUAUAUCUAUAUGUUUGUAAGUGUUAUGUAAUAUUGUAUUUAUAUUUGUAUUUUGUAUUCAUGCAUUUUUGGCCGUUCCUUGCCUAAUUUUAUUUUGGCAAGWGAUUUUUAGAUAUGUUGCCUGAUUUUGAGUCAAUAUUACAAGGAAACCUUUUUAGCUAGGCCACUUUGAGUGAUUGAGGAAAUAAAGACUUUCUAGAUUUUUUGAAUGAUUGAAUACACCUGUUUCAGAAAAAUGUUGUCGGUUGGAGAUCAUAAAUCUGACAUCUACAGCCUUGUAACACACUUCUAAAUGUAAUAUAUUCACAGCCAAACAAUGCAGUUUUCUUUAAGAUUGGAAUAUGAAGCCUGACCUCUGAGUUAGGAGUUCGUAUUAGCCAGAAAACACAAAAAAACAAAUAAUCCAUUUUGUCUCAGAUUGCCCAUUUCCGAUCUCCAGCUGUAAAAGUUUUUGAAAUAGUUGUAUACUGAAUUUCACUUUGCUCCUAAUCAUGAACAGGUUUUUUUWAAAUCAAAGGUUUUUUAAAAUCAAAGGUUCAAGCUUGGAAAUUAUUUUUGAAGAGAUCAAGAGGCCUAUGAUUGCAGUCAUUCUAUGAUAUGUCAGGAUGUGACUGUUUGAUGUGGUUAUAUUUUAUAGCAGUCUAAAACAGCUAGCUGUGAGCUAUACCUAUAGUAUAUGCAACAUUGUAAAAUUACAAAAGAAGUCAUAAUUGAAAUGAAGUACCAAUUUUUUCUUGAAUUAUUAACAAUAUUCGGAAACAAGUGGCUAUUGUUUCACUGCUUUGAUAAAAACGUUUUUUUAGAAUUGAAAGUAGUAAAAUAUUCUAAUUUACACAGAUCUUUAAACUUAAAGUCAUGUUAUCAGAAGUAGAUUUUAAUAAACUGUGAAAUGCUUAUGGUACAGAUUCAUUAUGUCGUAAUGUGAUGGUGCUGUGUAAUGUCCAUGCAUUCUGAUUGGAGCAACACUAAUUUCAAGCACAGUUAUUGGUUAAUAUUGUAUACCAUUAUAUUCUGUGUGCCAUAAGUUUUUACAAUAUUUUAAUACUUUAAAGAGUCAUAACAUCAGCUUUCAUCUGGGUUAAAAUAAUGGUUGAUCAGUCUCCUGUCAUGAUGAUUGGCCAAAUUCGUUUUGCUCAGUCAUACCUUGUUUUUGCUCAAUGUUACUAGUCAAAAUGACCAGCAAGGCAAAGAUUUGACUGGACAAGUUCCAAUUAUUUUGGCCAGACAUUGUCUGAUGACCAGCUGUCAUUAUUCCAGAUUAUCCAUUAACAAUCAACCACAGUCUUUCUAAAUACUAUACUCUCAAUAUUGUAUAAUCGCAAUCAACACAGACUACCUGAAUGGUGCAUAUGCAGAAGCUAGAAAGCAUUACUCUAAGUUUACCCAAAUAUACAUUUAUGAAAAAAAUAUGACCACACAAUAGUCAGAUGGCAUUCCACACUUCAGUUUGCUAUUUCUGAUCCAUGUCAUCUAAUUGCUUGACAUUUGAUAAUAAGUUUAAUAAUGAGGAGGGUUUGAAACAUUAAUAAGGUUGCUUGUGAGGAAAAAAAUGAGAUUAAUAAAAAAUUGAGUGAAAAUCAAUUUGGAAGUAUAUUUAGAUAGCUGAUGAAAAUGGGAAUUUUAAAUCCCACAUUCAAGGUUGGACAAAACUGUUGGAAACAAGUUAGGAUACAAAAAGAAACUAAAAUCAAUAGACAUAACAUAACCACAGAGGAAAAAAGGAAAUCUCAAGAAGUUUUUGACCAACAUUAUUCAAGCUAACUUUAUUAGAGAUAUUUCCCUUCUGUAUAUUUUUAUUAUGAUUAUGAUAGUAUGAUUUUGUUUGGUAUAACAUGCCUUGAAAGGUACUUAAGCCUAGGUCAGCUGAAUCUAAAAGGUGGGUUUGAUGUCUUUAAAUAUUGGCUUAGUACUAGUGAUGUAAAUGUGUUAACCAUAACAAUACCUUUUGUCGUUUUGGUUAGCUUAAUGUAAACGACAGUAUUGUAAGCCUACCUAUUAGAACAAAGAAGGCUGCCUAGAAUUAUCUUUUGUGUCCAACACAAUCAGUACUGUCUUAAAAGCUUUAAAUUAGAUUGAACGUUUGACAUGACAUAAGGGAAAUAGAUCAAAACCUGUCAAAUAGUGUAUUAUAGCUAUUACAGUCACAAUGCUGGCCUUUUUAAGUAAAAAGCCUAGUAUAAGAUGGCUUAAAAUUUCAAAGAUUUAAAAAAAGUAUUUUUAAGAAAGAUAAAAUUAUUGGUUUAUUAUUAUUAUUAUUGGUUAGUUUUAGUUUYGUAAUAGUGUCUUUGGAAUAUUUAAGUGAUAUGCCACCUGAUUUAUAAAAUAAUAUUAGUAAACUAUCAAAUCAUAUGCUUUAAUUAUUGCAGUUGUGUAACACAACUGGAUACAAAUUCAACCUUUACGUGAAUGUGUAGUUCCAGAAAUUAUCCAUAUGCACCCCAUAGAGGAAUUUGGAAUUUCCGAAGGGUAGGGGGGUCAGAAAAAGAACAAAAAAUUAUGGAGUUUGUAUAAGAGAAUAUUGGAAUUUCCAGAGGUAGGUAGGGGGUCUUUAAAAAAAUUCCUCCUUGAGGGGGGCAUGGAUUAUUUCUGGAACUAUACAAUCAUGAUUACCAAAACAAUGUAGGUAGUGAAAAUGUAAAGCUAAUUUAACCAAAUGGUUUAUUAAUUGCGAAAGGGAGAUUUUAUAGUUUAUUUAGUGGGAGAAACAGUGAUGUGCAUUAGUGGUUGUAAUUUGUUUUAGUGCAAUGUUUUCCCAGAUAACAGAUCGACCAAGUAUAACUUUCAAGAGUAACCUUUUUUUGUUCCACAGUUCCGCAUAAGAAGACAUGAAUAGAAUAUAGAACUCAAAAAAGAAUCUUAUUAUCAUUUUCACAGAGAUUCACCCCUACACGUUCGUAUUUUGAAYGAGCUUUAUCAGCUCUUGGACAAUACAUGUUUAAAUAGAUUAUUGAUUGAUUGAUUGAAUCUGAAAUGGGAAAACAUUGCAUCAAGACAAACAAGAUCUAUUGCCCUGGUUUUAAUAAUACAAUUAUAAUAUUAUGUUUUACUACUCUGAUUCAAUGUUUUUCUUGUGGUAUUAAAUAUAAUAUCAAAUGAAAMAAGCAAUCAAACAAGCAAAAAUAAACGACAAUUUGCACAUUAAGCAUUUAAAACAUCAACAAAAUGUCAGUAAAAAAGGGGAGAAAUGAUCAAAAAGCAUCUACCUGCAUACGUGGGUGUACAACAACAUAAUGUUUUCUUUGAUUGCUAUUUAAAUUGCGAAACAGAAAUUUAUUGGGCAAAUGUGUUCACCAAAGCAAAAGACAAAACCUAUACUUUAAACUCAUCGUUAAUGAUGACAACGCUACUGCGAGAUGUCAUUGACCUCGAGUCUAACUUAGCCUAAAUUACAUUUAACCACAUUAAAAUGAUUAUCACAUUA